AUGCAGACUGGCAAGGAAACAACAGAGACUCACACCGUCUGGCUCGACGGCGAGGAACGAGCCUUCCCUGACCCACAGUGGAAGACUGGCAUGAGGGCCAGAUUUCCAUGGACUGGAUUCAUCGCACUUUCGACGGUUCUUCUUUGCGCAGCAAGCUCAGUCAUUGUCCUACUUGUCUCGGAUGGUCAUUCGCAAAAACGCUGGGCUGAUAAAGUUGCGCCCAACGUCUUGCUAUCCGGUUUCAAUGGCAUCGCAAAUAUCUGUUUCGGUGUUGCUAUUGGAAACGGCGUCGCCAUCACCUGGUGGAGAAAGGCUCUUAAGGGUGCCACUAUUCAGGACCUUCACCGUUCCUGGGCGUUCAGUUCGAGUAUCAAAGACGUCGUGAUCUAUGGAAAAUACUUCAACUUCAUCGCUUUGGCGGCUCUGGCUGCAAAGCUGACCAUUAUCGACGGUAUACUUCUUCAAAAAGCCGCCAGCACUGCUAUCGGAGAUGACCUUGGGAUCAAGGUCAAGGUUUCAUCCUUUGUUAACGAUACUAUGCCUUUUACCGGGACCAUAGCGGGAAGGUCUAGUAACGAAACAUCCUUCUAUGACUGGUUCAAUAAGGAUCUUGAUCGGUGGUCUAAAAGCUCUGGCAUCUUUCCGAACCCAUACAUUUACUGCAACGGUACAUGUAUACUCGAUCUUCACGGCGCUGGGUUCGAGUUUGAUUGUGCGAGCGAGGAGAUCCCGAUGAAUUACGGAGCAGACGCCGUUCAAGACGCAGUAACACUCGCUACAUCCAACGAUACUUCCACAUUCAAUGGGACGUUUGAGUACAGUCUCUUUGGUAUCACCUUCGAAUCGUUCUACGGGGAUGCCGAAGUGGACGGUGACUACUCAAGAAUUGUCAUGAAUGUGACAUCGACUACGGCCUCCAAUAAUGAGAACGAUACGCACAGUUGCCCCGGUAACGUUACCAAACACAGCUGCGUACUUCGACCUGCAAUCAUUAGCUAUCCUGUUACUAUUGAGGACACUAGCCAGAGUCUAGCGGAAAAUGUCCAGAGCUCUGCUACCAAGGCCAUCAGCAACAUGUAUCUUGGAUACAACACAACUUCAUAUGGCGGACAAGUAUACUAUGAGGACGAACGACAGUACAAUGCGACCAACAAGCAACUCAACAACUACUCGCUCGUGGCUUACAAGGAUACUGUCGAAGACCAUUUCAGGGGCAACGGCACCAUGGAAACUUCCAUUGCAGGGCUUGCCAAAGCACUCGUUCGCUACUAUCAAGGAAGUAGUUCCAUGCAUUUCGAUGGUAUUUACGGAUUUCUGGUCACGCAGAACGGCUCGGCCGAAAUCACCUAUGGAGCUGUGCCCCUGACUCCAAAUGGCUGCGACUUAGAAUACAAAGAUCCACUGGACACUCUUGUUCAGGAUAUCAACGCGUUGAUGUUCAGUCUCUCCGUUGAUCCAUGGCUGUUGAAUGGGGCCAACAACAAUUGGUCAGAAUACAAGACAAUCAACGCAACGCAAUACGGCACCAGCAUCCACUACAAGACUAAUAGAGCCUUCAUGUAUGGCGCAAUCGCCUCUAUACUUCUGUGUAUUCUCUGCGUCAUGCCAAGCUACUACGGCUACUGGCAGCUUGGACGCGACGUCACUCUUGGACCAUUCGAGAUUGCCAACGCUUUCCGUGCCCCUGUUCUGGAUCAUCCCGCGGUUGCUAACGCAGGAGUCAAAGAUCUGAUCAGAGAAGUCGGCAAAAGAGAAGUCAAGUAUGGAGAGAUGGUUCAUAACGAGGCCCCAGGCCGUUUGGCCAUCGCUGAGCCGGAUGCCGUGAGAAGAGUCCAUCCAAGGAUCAACGACAGAAGAUGGUGAACACAAAAGAGAGGUCAAGUGGCUAUGAGGAGAGUCACCCGGUCAGGCUAGCGCU